UGAACCCUGAAGUACAAUGUUUUUUGUGCGAUGAUAUCUAAUAGUUGGCGCUCUUUCUGUAAUUUUCUUCAGUCAAGUACCUUGCUUAACGUUGCCAGGGAUUUAAGUGUCACUCCACAAGCCAACAAUCGAUCCUGAUAUGAGCAUUCGCUGUCUAAAGAUUCCGUUGACAGGCAGGCUGUUCAUCGCUUUUAGCUGGUUUAUUCUUAUGACUUCAGCGAUCGUUCUGCCUCAGCAUCAAAGACAUGAACGAGCUGCAGCUGAAGGUGAACCAGUCAACGAACCAGAAUCAAAGAGCGAGCUUAAUCCUGAACCGAAUACCACCUCUGAACCGGAACCAGAACCCGAAGCUGAAUCAUGGCCCGAACCUGGCCCCUUGUGGGCUGAAGCAUUCAAGACGUGGAAAAGUGCUUGGGACAUACACGUCUACUUGUUUGCCACUAGUUUCUUGAUAAUGGGCUUCUAUGCGGCUUAUUACGUGGUUUUUAAUCUCUAUGAUGGGCUCGAACAGAAGUACCUCAGCGUUAGUCUUAACAUCAUGGUUCUUGUCUUCUGCCUGACAAGGGCCUUCGUCAUGUACCUGGACCCUUAUCAUCAGGGGGACAUAAUUAAGGCAUUACAACUAAUGCGUAUAAUAUGGUCCAUAGGGGGACCUUGUUUAACAGCUUCUGAUUCGCUAAUUAUAUUAGCUCUUCUGGAGACAAGUCGUUUACGAAUCACUGUACCUGCAUUGCAGAAGGCCAAGGUCAUCGCAGUGAUUGUCACCGUACAUUUYAUUUUUGUAAUACUGACUGACUUCGUUGUCUCCCUAUAUGUUUCUGCGAAAGGAAUGAUAUUGUUUUGUCAAGUKUUUUAUGUUAUUUGGGGCUCAGUGCUUGGAACGGGAUACAUUCGACUUGGUUAUGUCUUGGAGAAGCAACUUUUUGGUCACAAGCCUCAAAAAGACAAACAAGAUAAACUCUAUGUGUUCUURAUCCAUGCAUCAGGAGUUGCUAAUUAYUGYCUGGUAGUUAUAAUGGUCUACACAAUGUUUGGAGUAUUCGGAGUGUAUUCUGAUGUUAAAUUUGUCGACGCUUGGAGCUGGUGGGCUCUGCAGACAGUCCUGAGGUUAAGUGAAGUUGUAACAUGUAUUUUGAUAUUCACUGUCAGCGCCAAGAGAACAAGAAUAAAGAAAGCAAUGGAUGACAUAGCGACAAUUGAUACUAAAAUCGACCAGGUCUCAACCUUGUCCAAAAUACCUCGAAUGCGAAAGAUGUUCAAUAAAGCGAGGCGCAUAAAUGUGGAGCCGAAACUUGAACCUGUCGAGAGCUUGUCAACUCGACCAGUCCUUGGAAGAGAGAGACGAAUGAGCAUGUUUACUCAUCUUGACACUGAAAGCAAAGCAGUAAAGGGACUUUUCCUUUACCAGGCAUAUAAYCAGUCAAGCACAGGAAGCAUUGACACUCUACAGGAGACUUUCGACUUAGAGGAAAGCUUGGACACUAAUGAGAAUCAACUAGCAUCAACUCCAAUGUCUCCUAACAAAAGAACUUCAAAUAAGCACAAAAAUCAAACUAUUGAUGGUAUUCUUGAAGAAAUAGACAUUAGUGAGGACAGUCAGGAGAAGAAGACAUCUUUUGUCAGGAAAAUCAGUGCUCAAGUGCGACGAAAAAUAUCAGGAUUGRGCACAAACAAUGCUGAUGGAAAAUCCAUCAUUCAAAAUGAUUCAUCAAAUCUUUCAGAGUCAUUUAAUGGMGAACAAAAUUUUGGUUUUUGUGACAAUCCAUUACCGAACACGACGGCUUAAYCAGCCUUUUUWAAYCCUGGCUAAGCCUCAAUUUUGUCUCUAAUUUUAGAACUCAUAGAUUUGCAUAGAACACAUAGAAUACAAAGAUUGCUGUCUUGCUGAAAUUCAUUAGGAACUUGAGACUGAGACUUCUAAAYACCUGUUCUUUAAUACGAUUUUUUUUCCUGGGAAUGGGAUGCUGAACAGAUCUUAUUCUGAUAAGCAAUUCUUGUACAGUUUUUUUUUGUGUCUGUUUGUUUGUUUUAUUGCCCAAUUUUGAGGAACGCAGAUCCUUUAGCCCCUCGAAAGCUUGUUUUAUAUUUACAGAAUUUUUAGUUUCCUGGGAAAAGAAUAGUGUUAUUUCUGAAAGUAUUACAAUCUUGCUGGAAACCAAUUUGUUACCUUUCUUCCAARAAACMCAUUGGCCACUCCUAGAAAUCCAAGAAWUAUGAUUGUAAAAGAGACAAUAUGAACAGUAAGUGACUCCGAAAUCACGAUGGGGCAGCACUAAGRGGCAGCACUAAGCUCCAUUUUUCCAUYUUGUACAAGAUGGUAGUUGUAGUCCUCUCACUUUUUAUAAMCCCUGCUAAAAAAUCUCCCUAAAAGCUGCGUCUUUCUUUUCUAUUAUAGAAACGACACAACGAACUCUAUUUUUACAAAGAAAAAGCACAAAAUGGCUUGGGAGUACUGUUUUUGCGGACAUGAAAAAGUGUGAGUGCUACAACCCCCAUAAUAUGCUUUGUUACACACAWUUGCGUCGCUUCARAUUGYCUAUUUUAAAAACUUUGAAUUUUUUUAGCGAAUCAGAACGUGACUGAUACACAGGUAGUCCACUUUUUGCAUGCUAGGAUCCAAGGGGUGAGAUAGUUAGAGUGGUUUUCAUAAACCCGUGAAACAAAGUGUAGUAAUU